AUGAGCAACGAAACUAAACUUGCUGGAACAGGAAAAGUAACAGCUUUAGGAACAGCAUUACGCCCACUUAACUCUGAGUACGGGAAAGUAGCACCAGGAUGGGGAACAACAGUAGUAAUGGCAGUAUUCAUUGGAUUAUUUGCUGUUUUCCUCGUAAUUCUCCUUGAAAUUUACAACCGUUCAUUACUUCUUGAUGAAGUUGAAAUGAGCUGGCUUUCAAGUACUGGAUACUAA